AUGCCGUCUCAACUCCCUACCGCUCUUCCUCAGCCGGCGCAUCAGCAGGCACACCCAAUCCACAAGGCGCAUUACCCACAUAUCCUUGGGAGUGUCUGGAUCAGCACCACCAGUUCUUAUACGACGCUGAGCCUCGAAGACGAAGAUCUGCGGAGAUGUAAUGAGGCAAUCAACGCCUCCCGAGACGUCAACGCUGUCGCGGCAGCUCUCGUGAACUACGACGACUACCCGGACAACACCGAUUUCAUCCAGAUCAAAGACGACACGAAGAGGUAUCAGAUCCUGCAAGACGAUCAAGGCUUCCUUCGCCCAGGCUUAGCAACAUCACAGCCAGUACCCGGAUUAGUCUGGGCGGAAGCCAAUGGUCUCAUUCUCGCCGAUUACAAUGAGCGUCAGCUGAACUUUGAUCCCGCCUCAAUGAAGACUUAUGGCUGGAGCCCGCUCCAACUGGGCAAGGCGAAUGUGAUACAGCCUAAGGCGAACAGUAUCGCGCUCAUCCCGGCUCGAACUGGGUCGAAGACUACGCCAUACAUUUAUACCACUGUCGAGUUCAAGGGGCAGACGUAUGCACUCUUGACUUGUGUAUACUCGGACAAGGGCAGUCGGAUAUUUGUCGCGAAGGGUGUGAAGUCCGGGAUCAAUAAGCUCAAGUUGGCUCAGUCGAAGUUGGUCGGCCACAAGAUUAGGGACUGA